AUGAGUGGUAAAGGCGACGCUGCGGCCAAGAAGGCCAAGUCCUCGAAGCGCAACUCCGCCAAGGGCGGGAGCCGCAAGUUCGUCACGAGCUUCGAGGAGAUGGAGGCCCGCAACAAGGUCGAGGAAGUCAAGCAGGAGAAGCGCCGGGCGCGCCGCGACGACGACGAAGACGGCAGCUCGGACGAAGAGGGCGGCGCCGACGGCGAGCUCGACGUGGUCUUUGAAGAGGCCGAGGAAGAGAAGCCGGCGGCCGACGCUGUCCGCGCGCCCAAGCCCAAGGGCGUCCAGUCGCUCAUCCAAGUGCAGAACCCCAACUUGCAGAACGCGUCCAACAAGGUCAUGAAGGCCAAGGACAUGGUCGGUGACGCCGAGCCGCAGCAGCUCACGCGUCGCGAGCGCGAAGCCAUCGAGAAGGAAGCCAAGGCCGCCGCCUACAUGAAGCGCCACUUGGCCGGCGAAACGGCGGAAGCCAAGAAGGAUCUGUCGCGCCUUGAAGAGGUCCGCAAGCGGCGAGAAGACGCGGCGCGCCGCAAGAAGGAAGAAGAAGAAGCCGAGGCGGCCAAGCAGACGAAGGCGGCCAAGACCUCCAAGGCCAACGACGAUGAGAUUCUGGACGCGCGCGCGAUCAAGGCGCUCAAGCCCAACGUCUUGAAGGACAAGCUAAAGGAGCGGGGGCUCUCGAUCCAGGGCCAGAAGAACGAUCUCAUUCAGCGCCUCAUCGACUACGAAACGAAAAGGCUUUGUAAGAGACGUACUAUCUACCACGUCGACUCGUUCUUAUGGACUGUUCCUGCCUACUAA